AUGGCGACUCACCGGUGGCUACCGCCGCCGCCGUCGACCAUUUGCUAGAUGUUAACAGUUAACAUGAGUUGACAUUAAUUGUCUGACGAAUUGGCAGAACAAGAAUCCGGCUCCACGUUCACCUCCGUUUUCUUCGUGUCCUCUCCAUUCUCUCUCGCGCCCGCUCCCGCCUCCUAGGGUUUUGGGUUUUCGCAGCCAUCGCCGUCGAGUUCUGCUUGAAUCGUAAGGAACGGAACCGGAAUUUCGCGCGAAAACUUCUACCUCAAUGGAAAACGAAGCAGCUGACCAGAACCCACCUUCCAGUGAAAUGGAGUCCCUCUCCGUCGAAUCUCAGGCAGAAGCGGGCUCCUCGUCGAGCGGCCCGGCGGCCACCCAGAUGACGUCGGAGGAGAGGUUUCGAAUCGUGAGGAGCGUCGGCGAGGAGUGCAUUCAGGAAGACGAGCUGCUCAAUCUCCUGACCAAGAAGCCCCAACCCAUUUGCUAUGAUGGGUUCGAACCAUCUGGCAGAAUGCACAUUGCUCAGGGAGUCAUGAAGACGAUAAGUGUGAACAAAAUGACUUCUGCUGGAUGCAAAGUGAAGAUAUGGAUUGCCGAUUGGUUUGCACAGUUGAACAACAAAAUGGAUGGAGACUUGAAGAAAAUCCAAACGGUUGGACGCUAUUUGAUUGAGAUAUGGAAAGCUGUUGGCAUGGAUCUUGCCGAUAAUAAAGUGGAAUUUCUGUGGUCGUCAGAAGAAAUAAACUCCCGGGCACAUGAAUACUGGCCGCUGGUUAUGGACAUUGCCCGCCGAAACAAGCUCCCUAGGAUAAUCAGGUGCUCACAGAUAAUGGGUCGUAGUGAGCAGGAUGAGCUCUCCGCAGCCCAAAUUCUCUACCCAUGCAUGCAGUGUGCCGACAUAUUUUUCUUGAAGGCUGACAUUUGUCAACUGGGAAUAGAUCAACGGAAGGUGAAUGUACUUGCUAGAGAGUACUGUGAUGCCAUAAAGAGAAAGAAUAAGCCUAUCAUUUUGUCUCAUCAUAUGCUUCCUGGUCUGCAGCAAGGCCAAGAAAAAAUGUCAAAAAGCGAUCCAUCAUCAUCCGUCUUUAUGGAAGAUACCGAGGCUGAGGUCAAUCUGAAGAUAAAAAAAGCAUACUGUCCACCUAAGAUUGUUGAAGGCAACCCAUGUUUGGAGUACAUAAAAUACAUCAUAUUGCCAUGGUUUAAUGAGUUCAAAGUGGAGCGAUCUGCAGAUAAUGGCGGUGAAAAGACCUUUAAAAGCUUUGAUGAACUUGUUGUUGACUACGAAAGUGGAGAUUUGCAUCCUGCUGAUCUGAAACCAGCCCUUUCAAAGUCUUUGAAUAAGAUACUUCAGCCUGUACGUGAUCAUUUCAACAAAGACGCUAAUGCGAAGGAUCUGCUGAAGAGAGUUAAGGGAUACAGGGUCACUCGGUAAUGUGGCGCUUGGUCACUAAUGGACAUGACAACUGGGUUGAUUCCUGGAGCAGUUGUUCCUACGAAAAUCUAGUUCACAUAUGGACAUCGGAGAUUUUUUUGGUCCCUGUGCUGUAGGCACGCGGGGUAUUUACUUGCAAGCCACUGGUUACUUGCACUAAUUUACGCUACAUCUUUGUUGAAUCACUACACAAUUUUCUUGUAACUUGCACCACCGGUUAAUGUUCAAUGGUUUUGCCUGGUUUUGAUUUACAUUGUUCAACUCAGAGUUCGCAUUUUUGUUAGUAGAAGGAAUUGGCUCUGCCUUUUUGCUGUUU